AUGUCUGCUAUUCGUCUGGCCGCGCGCCGUCUCCCCCGUGCAUCAAAAUUUGUCCCUGCAUUUGACUCACCGGUGCAGCGCCGAUUGGCAUCUACUUCCAAUGCCCCUCAAAAUGUGAAGGAUCAGGCCAAGAAGGAGGCAACUUUGCCUAACCCUGACCCUUCGCCCGACUCUCUCACAAGUUCCUUUAUCAAUGAGCGGGCUCCAUUCAUGGUUUCGACCUAUGUUCGCCCUGCUCCCAUGAUGAUGAAGGGACAAGGCUGCUAUCUGUGGGACAUGGAGAACCGUCGUUACCUGGACUUGACUGCUGGAAUUGCGGUUAACUCUCUUGGUCACUGUGAUCCAGAGAUCGCAAAGAUCAUUGCGGAGCAGGCUGAAACCCUUCUCCACGCCUCUAACCUAUACCACAACCCUUGGACCGGCGCCCUGAGCAAGCUCUUGAUUGAGUUGACCAAGAAGUCCGGUGCUAUGCGCGAUGCCUCGCAGGUUUUCGUCUGCAACUCCGGGACCGAGGCCAACGAGGCCGCCAUCAAGUUCGCUCGCAAGGUUGGCCGCACCCUGAACCCUUCGGGUGAGAAGCACGAGUUCGUCUCCUUCAACAACUCCUUUCACGGCCGCACCAUGGGCGCCCUCUCGGCCACUCCCAAUCCCAAGUACCAAACUCCCUUCUCGCCCAUGAUUCCCGGAUUCAAGUACGGAGACUACAAUCAGAUUGAGCAGCUUCAGACCCUCAUCACAGAUAAGACAUGUGGUGUCAUUGUCGAGCCCAUCCAGGGCGAGGGAGGUGUCAACAUCGCCACUCCUGAAUUCCUUGCUGCUCUCCGCAAGCGAUGUGACGAGACCGGCGCCGUUCUGAUUUUCGACGAGAUCCAGUGCGGUCUCUCCCGUACCGGCACCUUCUGGGCCCACGCCCACCCCUCGCUCGCACCAGCGUCCGGCGAGGCUGCUCACCCCGAUAUCUUGACCACCGCCAAGGCUCUGGGUAACGGUAUCCCCAUCGGUGCCACUAUUGUCUCUGAAAAGUCUGUCGGUCAACACAUUAAGACUGGCGACCACGGUACCACCUUCGGCGGUAACCCGCUCGCUUGCCGUGUGGCUCACCACAUUGUCGAGCGUCUCGCUGAGCCGGAACUCCAGCAGUCCGUCAAGGAUAAGUCUGCCAUUUUCGUUUCUGGAUUCGAGGCCCUGCAGAAGAAGUUUCCCCAUGUUCUGUCUGAGAUCCGUGGUCGCGGUCUGAUCUUGGGUCUUCAGCUCGCACCGGAGUACACUGCCAAGGCCGGUGAUAUUAUCACCGCCGCCCGUGAGCGUGGCAUGCUCAUCAUCACUGCUGGUGAUGGCUGUAUUCGUUUCGUCCCUGCAUUGACUAUUACCGAUGACCAGAUUCAAACCGGUCUACGUAUUCUAGAGCAGGCUAUUGAUUCAGUUGUGGCUAAGUCAUGA